GUCGACUUUGUAUGCCUACCAUUUAUCUACUUACCCUGACUGGUUAUCAAUCUACACCUUAGGUCUCCUCUGCAUCUGGAGUGAGUAUAUUCUUGAUCUAGACUCUGGGGCAACAAGAUCACACCUUUCCACGACAUGGAAGUAUAGGUACAUGCUACCCGCCCAACAGAACUCUGCGGUCUCUUUGUCUCUUUCAAUCAGUGAGGGAAACAUGGUUUCCUUAUUUCUGUUCACACUCAAGAGUCCUUUAAUCCCUCGCCUGUGGCGUGUCCAUAACCGUCACGUGCUCAGAAUGGAACAGCAUAAAGCAUCCCUCAUGAGGCUUGGCCCAAGCGCUCUCAAAAGGCAGGAUAUAAAAUGAGGACCUCGCCGCUCUUUAUCAUCCUCUGUCGCCUCACAGCAGUUGGUCGGAGUCAGCAAGAGCAGAGCUAGGACCAGAAACAGGAAGAAUGGUGGCUACGAUGGCCACAGGUUCGUGGACAUCAUGAACUGCUUAUACGCUCAUCACCCAGCAUUCGUCCAGAAAACAAGUCGCACCUCACGGAGAUACUAUCAAAAGUCCACAUUCAGCGAGACAAAUGGCAACAAGGUAGAGGCAUCAUGCAGACUGGUUCUCACGGCCCAUCCCGACCAGGCCCCAGGAUAUAUUAGACCCUUAUGCUCCGGUAUCAAAGCCUUGCCAGAAGGUCGAUGACAAUGCGACACCCAAAGAAAUCAAUCAAGAUCUAGUCCUUGGUCUGCGACCAAACUACUGAAAAUGUAAUACCUGUUGUCACGCAGCAAUCCAGAGACAGCACACUACCUACUCG